CACGGCACAACACACGCUGUGUGCCUGUCAUCCGCCAUGUUGUAUCAGUCAUAGAGCAUGCGUUGUAUGAUGUUGGAUGUUGACCUAGUUAGUCGAAAGGGUUUGUUUUUCUUCAAUAAAAGUACUGUUUUGUUGAAUUGUUCAAACUUCAAAGAUGCCGAAAGGGAACCGCGAGUUCUACAGUCAGCUGAUCCAGGAGGUCCAGGCCCGGGAGUGUUUGUACAACCCCGGCCACCCACAGUACAAGGACAGGCUGCGGCUGGACGCUGAGUGGGGGGAGAUCGGCCAGAUCCUGGGGGUGUCGGGAAACGUGGCAAAAAAAACCUGGCAAAAUCUCAGGAGCUCCUACAGCCGCUGCCUCACCGGCAACAAAUCCAUGAACGGAUCGUCUGGGAAAUCGACAUGGUACCUGAAGGAGCAGAUGGACUUCCUACGCGAUCACAUGACCUGCUCGUCCAUGUACGACCCCAGCUUGGACCAAUCAGACAACCUCAUGGUCGAAGACAUGGGUCAGUCUCCGGACGAGAUGGUAGAUAUGUACAUUAAAGAAGAGGAGAGGGAGCUCGAAGACUCGACCAACGACUCGGCCACCUCCUCGUCUUUUCUCUCCGUCCACCCCGUGUACCCCGUGGCGAAGAAGCCGAAAAUCACCCUCGCGCCCCUGGCUCCCCCCAGCAAUAACGCCAUGGCGGACGCUUUUCUCAAGUACAUCUCCUCAGAUGUGGACGAGGACUUGUUGUUUUUUAAAGGGAUUCUGCCCAAUGUUAAACAGCUGAACGCGCGAAACAACCGGAAGUUCAAACACGCAAUCGCGAACUAUCUUUUUGAGCUGCUUGAGGACCAGGAAACCCCCCUCGAGGAGACGCCCAAAUCGGUACAGACGUAACAGUAAAAGUGGAAUACCAAUGUAAAAUACGAGUAAAACAUAAGGGACUUCUGUGUGGCGGUAUAUGGAUUUAACUAAAAGAAACACAUUAUUUUAUGGUGUGCUUAAAAAUUGUUUAUUUGUUCGAAUGAUUUUAUUAUGUUGUGUUUGUUGCAUGAUUCAAAAUAGGUUGUAGCAUAAAUCAAUUUACAUGAAUUAUUGGUCAAAUUAUAUACUAUUUUGUCAAAAAGACUUGUACAUAAACUUUAAAUUGCCCUC